AUGCUGCUACGACAGGUCUACUCGCUCGGCGUCGUCGUCAUGCUCGCGAUGCAAGCGGCCGGUGCAACCCUCGCGGCGGCGAUGCCCUACCUCACGCCCCUCUUCACGCCGCUGCCGGCGGUUCGCGAGGCGGUGGCGGCGCCGGCGCGCGUGGCUGCGCUCGUGACGCUAACAAACGGCGCGGCGGCUCCCGGGCCGAGGGAAGGGCCGGCAGCGGCGCGCGUUUAUGGGCCCAUCUUUGCGGGCGAGGGCAUCAUGAUGGGCCUCGGAGCCUUCGGGCCCCUCGCGGCGGUGACGGCGGCCGGCGUCGGCGUCAUGGUGGCGGGCCUCUCCCUCUCGGCCAGGCUCGGGCUCGGAGUCGCGUCGGUCUGGUGGUCGCUCCUCGCCUUCCACGCCGUCUUGCUCGUGGGGCAGCUGGGCCACCAUCUGAGGCUCUCCCCGCUCGCCACGGCCGGCCGCGGCGCGUCGAGCACCGUGGAGUGUGCCGUCUUGCCGCCGCCGGUGGGGGAGGUGUGCGUGGCCGGCGAGGACGCGGCGGCGUGA